AUGGUACCACAAGAUUCUGAAUACAAUCCAUUGAUUGGUCACAAUACCUCUGAGGGAGUUGCUCAACACGGUAACAUUCCAACACCGACUGGCCCGACUAAAUUCAAUAUGGCUUUCGUUUCUUUUUUAUUCGCGAGCUGCGGUGCUUUACUCUUUGCUGGUACUGUUUGGUACAUAACCUCCAAUGCGGAACAUACAUUUUUCAUUUGGCACCCAACUUUAAUGGCUUUGACCCUUUUAAUGGCAACUUUCGGUAUCCUUAUUCUUCAGACCACUGCAAAGCAAGGAGAAAGAAACGUCGGGCUUAAUUGGCAUAAAUUGUUUCAAACAGUUACUUUUUUUGCUAUCAUUGCUGGAUUCACUAUUAUUAUUACCUACAAAAAUAAUAAUAAUAAAGAUCAUUCUGGAUUAUGUACAUUUUCAUUUAUUCUGCUACAAACAACUUUUGGUUCAAUCUUGGCUAAUUUCCCUGGUGUCGUUGGUGGCGCCUCAAAGGCUGUGAGAAUGUAUAAAUAUCACAGAUUUUCUGGCUACUUUUUAUUAGCUUUAAUUUACAUUACCGCCCUUGGAGGUACUCAGGCUGAUUGGACUAUACAACAUUUUGAUCAUCUCUGGGUUUGGUUAACAGCUUCAGUUUUAGUUUUAGUCGGAAUUGCCGGAAGAACGAAGGCCA